UAUGUCUACUGUAGGUGCACUGACUGCAUGACUGGGCUCAUGAACCGCCCCCUGGCUGCUGCAGGUGUAUGUAAAAACAAAACACGAAGGAGAAGAAAAACUUCCUGAUGUAAUGUUGGUGCCGGAAUUUGAAAGAAAUGAGAGGUGGACGAGUUUGAAGAGCAAAAGACUGAUCGCCCCGCGUGACAACUUCCAAGAAGCCCGCUGAGCCACCGGAGGACCACCAUGAGGAGGACCAAACAGAUCGACGUCAAGCGCGCCCUCGCUCUGGCGGGCACCUUCAGCUUCCUCUGCUCCUGUUCAAAGGCCUGCCUGCUCCCCUUCCUCACCCUGUACUUCCGCCAGCUGGGCCUGUCCCCUUCCAUGACUGGCAUCAUCAUGGGCGCCAAGCACUGCGUCACCCUGCUGUGGAGCCCAGCAGCCGGUGUCCUCUCCAAGCGCUACAACAAGAGGCGGGCGGCCAUCAGCUGCUCGCUCGUCUUUUCUGCCGCGGCCGCUCUGCUCCCGCUGCUCCUCCCUCCUGUGGGGACGCCUGCCGCGCAGAGCAGCACCUGCGACGCCUCUAACCUGAGCUCAUCCGAAAGUCUGUUUGACCUGACAACUAGCACUAAGAGUCAGACGUUGCCAACGAGUACACAUAAAGCCCUUCUUGCUGCAACCUCGCCUACUGACUCAGUCGGUGGUUCAGGACCACCUAAUCGAAAUGAUACAGAACACUCAGAAAUCCAGCUCUCGCGAGGAAAUGCGUCUGCCGCCCUGAACAGCAGCCGUAGAGAACCGGCCUUGGCGAAUGCCACCGUCGGCUCUUUGGUGAGCGCAGAAAGGAGUAAGAGGUCUGUGAUCCCGCCGGACCGCGUUCAGGGGGAACCUGAGAACACUUCUGGAUUCCUGGGCAGCCUGAAGGUGAUGAAAAUUGAGAACCAACUCUUCUUCUUGAUGCUCAUCAUCGUGUCGGUGUGGGAGUGGGUGGCGGCCCCUGCGGAGUGGACGGUGGACGACGGCCUUUACGAGUAUUUGGACUUCGCGGAUGCCUCAGACCGCCACAGCAGCACGGAGGUGUGGGGGCUACUGGGGGCAGCCUGCGGGGUCGGGGGAGCCGGGCUCGUGGUCGGCCAGCUGAGCUGCCUCAUAGCUGCUCGCAUCUCCAGAAGUGCAGUGCAUUUUUACUCCUACGCGGGCCUGGCGGUCCUGGCCCUGCCCGUGGCCGUCUACCUCCCUCUGUACGUGAACAAGAAGCGGGACAGGGCCAACGGGCUCCUGAAGGCCUUGCAGCUAGUGUACGGCUCGCCCUGCGCCCUGCUCUGUGCUUUCACCAUCCUCCUGGUGGGGGUGGUGACCUCGGCUCUGGAAAACUUCCUGCUCUGGCAGAUGGAGGAUCACGGUAGCACUGAACUGCACAUGGGGCUGUCGCUAGCUCUGGCUUUGCUCUCGCAGGCUGCCUUCCCCCUCCUGGCUGGCAGAGUAUCUAAACUGCUCAGCCCGGGGAGGGUCCUCGUAGUCGGGGCUGCCAGCCUCGGGUUACAGUGCUUCUACUAUUCCUUCCUCUGGGGGCCCUGGGCCGCCUUGCCUGCACAGGUGUUGAGUACCUUUAGCAGUGGCGCCCUCUGGUGGGCUGUGGGGCUCCAGUGUGAGGACAUUGCAACACCAGGAGCUGAAAGAAGCAUCAGGAGGGUCUACGGCUCCCUGUGCCUGCACCUAGGGAGAGGACUUGGGAGUUUUGCUGGAGGGUUUGUGGUGCAGAGGUUUGGGGUGACGUGGCUGUACAGAGGGCUGGCCAUUGGACUUAUGGCGUGGUGUGCGUGCCUCCCCGUGCUGCAGUGGAAAGCCCCUCGCCAGCGCAGGAUCAACUACUCGCGCCUUUUGGCAGCCGACGCAAGUGAGGCCAGUGACUCUGAAUCUGAGGCAGAAAGAGACUGGCUGGAUAAGGCCAUGGAGGAUGACCGAGACAAUAACAACUAUGAAAGGAGAGUCCGACACUAAAACUAUAAGACCUGAUCCUGUGGUGGUAGGAAGGAUCUAUGAAAUGUAGAGAUGCAUGCACAGCUAAGGUGGUAAGAGAUCAGAAUUGGCUAAUUUACCUUUAUCAGCGCUGAUCAGCAAGCAGGAAUUUAUUUAUUUUACAUUCAUUUAUUUCACCAAAGCUAACAACUUCCAUAAUUUCCAGUCUUGCACCAACGGUACCAAGUACAUUAAUUUAGUUUUUGAGUUUGACAGAAAUGUUUGGGUUUUUUUGGGGGGGGAUACGUCUGUAUCAGCGUUACAUGUCUGGACUUAGAUUCUUGCUGAUUGGUGCAUCUCUAAUAAAUUAUAUUCCAAAUAUAGAAUUAGAAAACUAUUUCUCUCAGCGCUGGAAUAGUAAUUCAAUCUCCCAACAGAAUUGCAACAUAGCCUGUUGUCACUCUUUAUUACCACAUGCCAGGCGAGGAUACUCGAUUUUCUCUCCUGACAGGCUUGAUUAGCAUCCAAAUGUUGACUUUAACUGCAAUUUGCUAUUUAAUUUUUAACUAAAAGGUUCCACCGUACUGCCUGCUCCACCAAGGGAUUCUGGUUCUAAUCUCUGAGCCUCAUCAGAGUUUACUUGCAUAUAUUUGCAAAGGCAGAAGCUGUUUUAGGCUAAGUUGUUUUUGAAAAUAAAGCAGCAGGAUUAUAAGGACCAAACACCGGAUUUCACUACGCAAACCCAACAGCUUAGACAUCAUGAGAGUUGAGACGCCGAAGCUUCUUGUUUCAGUGUAAACUCAAGACGUGUGCAGAAGGCCAGGCCAAACUGGACUGGCAUCCUGUUGCACCCCACCCAAACAGACUGUUGAUCCUCCUCCACCUCCGACUGCUGCAGCCAUCAUCUCUGUCCCUCACUCCGGACACUAAACCGUGAACCGAUGACAUGUAGGAUUAAGCAGAUAGAGCGGUGCUCGUUCUUUGAUCGUAUGUAUUUAACUUUGAGGGGAACGCAUUCCAAAUGAUUCCUUUUUGGCAUCUGUUGAAGAAGUUUGUUGUCAAACCUGUUAUUUCAAAAGGAGUUUGUGCAAAACAUACCUCAUGUCAGAUGCUUCAGUUUGAUCUGUUAAUGGACGUGAAGUUAAAGCUUCCCGCCAGGUGUUGGGAUCUCUACUGUACCAGUGGUAUUAUGACUCUAAGUCUAAUUUUUCCUCCUCAAUCAAUGCUCUUGCUCAGGAUUUCCCGCUUAGAAAGCUGUUAAAUGUAUAAAGGUAUAGCAGUUUCAUAUUGGAAAUUGAGCUUUAUGUUUAUGCAUUAAUGUCAAAUUAAUGUGGAUUUAAUAUGCCUUACACUGUGCUUGCAGUCUAAUAAAUAUACCUGAACAAAAAA